AGAUUGGCGAACAGCUGCGUGCAUUGGGGUUGGGCACGGGGUCUGUCAUAAGCAUGACAUUCCCAAACAACGUACUGAACGUGAAGUUGUUCUUGGCCGCGGUCACGUCUCGUAUGCUUGCGGCGCCUUUAAACUCGAAGUAUAAGACCAAAGAGUUUGAGUUCUAUUUGAAGGACAUCUCGUCUGACGUGCUGGUCAUCCCGGCUGAAGGCAACGCCUGUGCGUAUGAGGCGGCGUUGCUCUUGGACAUUCCUGUGUGCACGCUUACGCAGAGUGAGGAUGGCCAUACCAACACGCUUACUGUGAAGUCUGAUCCAGCCGGAAAACUGAAGGAUGCCACGCCGACUGAGGCGAGCGAGGGGAGUGUGGAUGACAAGGCGCUGUUUCUGCACACAAGUGGGACGACGGGCAUGCCCAAGGGUGUGCCACUCACUCACCGCAAUCUCAUGGCGACUGUGAACAACAUCGCUACACACUACGCCUUCGACUCCAAGGACUGCGGAUAUCUGGUGAUGCCCUUAUUCCAUGUCCACGGUCUGAUGUGUGGUCUUCUGGCUCCCUUAUCCACGGGUGGUACCGUGGUGCUGCCUGGCAAUGGGGGGGCGUUCAGUGCUACCAACUUCUGGGUUGAUUUUGUGGCCAACGAGUGCACAUGGUACACCGCUGUCCCCUCCAUCCACCAGAUCCUGCUGCUGAGAGCGCCGCAGGACUAUCCCGCCAGCAACCCCCCCAAAAUCAGAUUCAUCCGCAGCUGCUCGUCCUCACUGGCCCCCGUGGUCAUGCAACGGCUUGAACAGACGUUCCACGCGCCGGUCAUUGAGGCGUACGCCAUGUCUGAGGCAGCGCAUAUGAUGACCUCCAAUCCACUCCCCGCCAACGGCCCCACCAAACCAGGCAGUGUGGGCGUGGGCGUCAAUGUGGAGCUCACCAUCCGCGACGACGCCAACAACGAGGUAGCGCAAGGGCAGACAGGCGAAGUGUGUGUCAAGGGCCCCAAUGUCACCGCAGGCUAUCACAGCAGGCCUGAAGCCAACCAGGAGGCAUUUCUGGGGGGGUGGUUCCACACAGGCGACCAGGGGUAUCUGGAUGCGGAGGGGUAUCUGUUCCUCACCGGACGGAUUAAGGAGCUGAUCAAUCGGGGCGGCGAGAAGAUAUCACCUGUUGAAGUGGAUGGCAUUCUCCUGGCCCAUCCUAAAGUGGGCGAGGCUGUGUCGUUUGCUGCGCCGCAUGAGAUUCUGGGAGAGGUGGUGGCAGCUGCGGUUGUGCCUAAGGCCAAUGAGCAACUCACAGACACAGAGAUCAUCGACUACUGCAAGCAACAGCUCAGUGCGUUCAAGGUGCCUACGCUCGUGUUUGUCGUGGAUGACUUCCCCAGAACAGCAACGGGGAAGAUACAACGCAGGAUUGUAGCGAAACACUUUCUCGAGAAGAAGGAGUGACCAACUCACAAAGCAGUACAGGGCACCGGACACACACGAGACACUCACCAACGAAAGUGCACACAACCCAAUGCUCUGCACACACCACACCACACGCGCGUGUCUACAUAUCUGCAAUAGCCCUGGUGGACGUUAUAUGCGUAGGUAGGUGUGAUGUUCAUCAUUUCAUGUGUAGGUAGGGUCUGCCUGUUGAGAAGUGCUGUGAGACAAGUCUUUGGGCCAUUCAUGCAGGGUUAUGCAUAGUAUGCAUAAAUUCGAAUGUUCCGGUGAGCCUUGGUUGGCUUCAACUGUCUAUAGCUUGAAUAAAAGUAAUACGGGCGAUCUGAGAACAGAAGUGUGUGUGGGGCUGCAAAGUGCACCCGGAUUAAAUGUAACGCCUUCUUAUGGUAUAGUAAAUACUCGCGGGAUUGUUGGUCACCCUUGUCUUUGGAUCACACUACGAAGUGAGUAGCUACCAUAACAGCCCUUCGUAUUGUGUCGAUGCAAUACAUCACAACAGACAGAACUUUCCUGUUAUUAAAAUCAUACCAACGACUACAACAGACCGAACUUUCCCGUUAUUAAAAUCAUACGAACGACUACAACCGACCGAACUUUCGUGUUAUUGAUAUCAUACGACCACAACACAAAACUUUCGUGUUAUUAAAAUCAUACGAAC